AUGCGCGACCAUCCGAAGCGGACGCAGCGCCUGCAUGGCCUGCGUGGCCUCUACCCCGUGGGCAUCCUCGCCAUCUUCUUCGUCAACGUCUACUACUUUGGCGUUGGCAGCUCGGACAAGGCGCGCUUCAAGCACCUGCAGGUCGACGACGGAGGGCCCUUCCUGCCUGCUGUCAACGAGCCGUCGACGUGCUGGUUUGACGCCCCCAAGACGCAGCGCGUGCCCACGGACGACCUCGAGCACCUCAGCCUCUUGCAUGCGGCGUGCACGAGCGGCACGGACGACAUCAUCACGUGGCACUACGGCUCGAACGCCACCAAGGCACCGUACCCGACGCGCUUGAACCGCGAUGACCCGGGCGUGCUCGACGAGCUCCGUCGCUGCCCCGACUUUGACAUCUACCUGCCUUCCGGUCUUCGCGGGUCGGGCUACUGCGAAGACGGCUGCGCCUACACCAAGUACGGCCGGUCGCGCCUGCUGCCGCAGUGGGCGCUUGAAGACGAGUUCUUUGACGCGCAGCGCAACCGCAAAUGGCCCAAGCACAAGCCCAUCUACCUCAUGCCCAACAUCGAGAUGGGCCAGCUCAAGUCGCCCGAGUACUGGAGCGUCGACGUCGUCAUCUGCAAGACGCGCGACUGCUACCGCCGCGUCACCGCGUGGUACAAGCAAGAGGGCAACCCGCGCGGCGCGACCGUCUUCUACACCCGGCACACCACGGCCGACAUUGCAGGCCACAUUGCUCGCAAGCUCGGCCCUGGCGGCGUCAAGCCCAAGGACUACCGCAACAAGGUUCGGUUCACGCACACCGCGGGCGGCAGCGUCAGCAAGGGCACGGGCCAAGUCAUCGAGUGCUGGCUGUCGCGCCCGGACCUGCCGCCGCUCGACCUCUCGAUGAGCCCGGGCCUGUACGACUUGGGCUACGGUGAAAAGUACGCCGACAAGAUCGCAGCCGCCAGGAACAUCAACUUCAAGCACAACGCGAUCGACGAGGAGGCGUUUGGGAAGCUCUUGGCAGAGACCUCUUUCUUCCUCUGCGCAAGCACGUGGGAGGGAUAUGGCCACUACAUCAACCAGGCGCGCGCGGCCGGCGGCGUCAUCAUCACCACGGACGGCCCGCCGAUGAACGAGCUCAUCGUCGCGCCCGAGAGCGGUGUGUACGUCAAGACGGUCGUGCACCACCACCCGCACCAGAUCAUGGGCGGCGGCUUCGAAGGCGAGCACGGGCUCAAGGGUGGUUUUGGCGGCCUCCAAGCCGACUACUCGUCCGGCGAUCUCUGCGACGCCGUCGACCACGUGCUGAGCUUGACGGGCGGACAGCGCGAGCGCAUGGCCAAGGCGGCGCAGCAGCAGUUCCAUGACGACACCAAGUUCUUUGCGGCGUCCAUGCGCAACCUCCAAGCCUUUGCCCGCGCACACCUGCAUUCCAACAUGACGGCCGCCGAGGUCGCAGCGAGCGACUGGCACGCGACCGCCGUCCGCGACUUUCCCUGCUAA